CCCAUCGACCCCAUCGAACCUCCACCAGCAAAACAGGGAUUGCACGAAGCAGUUCUACUCAUGAACUCGCCGGCCCUGUCUGCUGUAUUUGUUUCCCCUUCUUGCAUUUCUGGCAGGCCACUAUUUUACUCACCCGCUCCAAUGCGGCAUCGGGUUCUUGAGGCGUGGUUUGCCAGAGAUGCCGCGAUAUUAGCUGCUGCGAAAACUGCUGCAGUUCGCAGUGGAUUUCGUCAACUAUUUACAGCUGCCAAUAAACACCCUCGACGAUCUUCAUUUCCCGAUGAAGUCAAUACGAGUGGUCCACAAUCCCCAGUUAGCGUGGCUACUUCUCAAUCGUCACCACACCCUAACAAGUGUCCACCAUUCUUUAUUCCUUUCAAUCGUCAAGCAUUCUUAACGACCCCCAAAUCUCCGUUAAUGAAUUACGCCUGGGUGAUUGAUCAAUUACGGGAACAGAUCGAGGCUGCUUUCACGGAACGACUGCGUAACAAGCAACCGCUAGUCGACAAGUACGGCAGAGUGUUUACUGCAAAUUGGCGGGUGCCUUCAUCAUACCGGGAGCUCGCGCGCGCCUUAGAGAAGCCGGGACCGAAUGGGAAGCGGCCAGAUAUACGGGAUUUCUUCUGUAAACGAGAGAGAUCUAUCACGGAGCUGAAGGAAGAAGCGUUGGCUGAUUAUUUGGUUAAAAUUUACAGCAGUCGGUUUCCGCCCGUACUUUUCAGAAAGGGUAAGAACGAGCUAAAGAUGAGGCUACUCGAUGGAAUUAAUAUGUUUGGCACUGAUAUCGCGGUGCGAGGAGUGAGAGCCGAUCAACAUCCUGAAGCUAGAAUUGAUCUGUCGUCGCAGAAGUUUAUGUCAAAGGCUAUGCUGGCUCGCUAUGGUUUUCCUAUCCAGUGGAUGAUUGUGUCUGCCAUGCAUUUCCCACUAGCCGGACACGACCACUGGGACAAGGUGCGGUAUUUGACGGGGACGAAUUGGGGCAUGUUUGUGACGUCAGCUGUCUACAAAAAUCUAGUCGACAGAAAAAAAUCAGCCGACGACCUCAUUGCCUGGAUCCGAUGCGUGCGUGCGCCAACGGGCGAAGAAGCAAUCGCUGCUAUGGACGGAAAGAAUGAGUGGCCGUCUGAACUACUGCUAUUCACGUUGAUGCGAAAGCUAACAAAGCGAGCUCUGCGAUCGAUCUUCAAGAUUCUCUCAAAACACUUCCACAAGCUGGAUCAAGAAGCUCAACGGACUGCCAGCGCGAGAAUCAUACGUCACAUUUGGAGAGAAAGUCCGGAGCUUUUGCCCAAAAUUGCAGAGCUUUUCGUUAAGGACGGUCGUGACAAAGGGAGCGAGACGUGUAACCGGAUGCUCUACUUGUUGUCAGUGCGGACGACUAUCAAUUACCCAGAUCCAAUGUCCCGGGUAUAUUUACUAGAGGCGCAGCAAACGCUUCUCAGAGACAUGCAGAGCAACGAUAUCAUCCUCCGUCGUGAAGGCUAUUUAUCUCUAGCGGCCUUCGCACGCUACGAGGACCCACAGGGAGCUUUACAUAUUUUGGAUACUAUGACAAAGCACGGCAUGCCGCUCGAACGUACGGGCGAGACUAUCCGUUCAAUGAUCUCGCUUGACGUGGAACAAAACAAGAGCUCGCGCUAUAUACCCGGAGGAAAAUACGCUACGGAUCUAGGAAAGCUCUCUGUUGUGCCGGACUUGUACACGGCGACGAAGAUUUACGAAGAGCUGCCGGGCGAGGCGCAGAAUGAUCACAAGACGUGGAAUGUUUUGCUUAAAAAGGUUAUUGAGUUUGAGAGUCUUAAGCCUGAAGCCGUCUUUGAUUUGCUUCAGCACUUUAACGAAACCGGCGUCACGUUGGACCGAUUUCUUGUUCAGAAGCUGAUGUCGGUGCUGAAUUCAGCGGAUGACGGCAUUAAAUUGCUAUCAGAAAUAGAACCUGUGAAGGUCAGGACACACCCACGAGUCGUCCGAAGCUUUAUUAUGUGCUGUCAUAGAGAUCCUUCUGAUCCUGAAGCAAUGAUCAAAGCGCAGGCGGUUCUGGACGAGUUUGAGCUUGAACAUACCGAGAAUCAGAAGUUGUUGAACUCGAUAUUAGCGUACAGGAGGUGGAAGUUACGGGAAUAUCAGAUACUGGCAUUGAAUGGAAUAGCGGAAGAAUUGAAGCCAAAAAUGGAAGAAGACACACAUUGGGCCGGCUCGAAUGAGUAGAUUGUUUGUAUACAGAUUGAGCUUGAGUUGCAGAAUUUGUUGAUUAUUCGAAGCAGAAGUGGUAAUUUUGUAUAUAAUAAGAGCAUGA